GACAAGAACAUGUAACAUAUUUCCAGCAGAUUGCCCUGUUAGUACUUAGAUAGCUUGAAGACAUCACCAUGGCAACAGCUACAUCAGACUCACCAGCCAGUGAGGUUUAUGAUGAACGGUCAGCCAUUAAGAGUUCGUUUCCUGGUGCUGACACCACAGAAGGUCAAGGGUCAUCAAGAAGUAAAUCACGGUUUCCAUGGUUAUCAGUAUUUAAAUGCUGGUAUUUUCCAAAGAGAUAUCUAGUGGCAAUUAUGGCAUUCUUUGGAUUUGCCAAUAUCUACGCCUUGAGAGUAAAUCUGAGUGUAGCUAUUGUUGCCAUGACGAGGAACAGGACAAUUCACUUGGGUGACAAUAUUACAGUGCACAGUCUUCCGGAUUUUGACUGGAGUUUGCAGCUUCAAGGCUACAUCCUGUCGUCAUUCUUCUUUGGUUACAUUGUCACUCAGCUGCCUGGAGGAUUUCUGUCCAACCAGUUUGGAGGGAAGUACUUGUUUGGCGGCGGCAUCUUUGCAACAGCAGUACUGACAUUGUUGACCCCGGCCUGUGCAACAAUCAGUGUGUAUCUGUUGAUCAUCGUCAGACUGGCAGUGGGUCUGUUUGAGGGUGUAACUUACCCCUCGAUCCAUGCCCUCUGGUCCAAGUGGGCACCUCCCAUGGAGAAGACCAAGCUGGCAACCUUUGCAUUUGCAGGCUCUUACUUUGGAACUGUGUUUGCUCUGCCCGUGUGUGGAGCACUUGCAGAAAGUGCAGCAGGCUGGCCUGCCAUCUUUUACUUGUUUGGUUCAAUUGGCAUCAUGUGGUUCUUGAUGUGGUGCAUUCUGAUAUACGACAGUCCAGCCAAACAUCCCACCAUAAGUGCUGGUGAGCGGGAAUACAUUGAGCAGUCGAUCGGAUACUCAGAUGAACAGACACGGCGUAUUUACCCACCCUGGUCGAAGAUGCUGCUGUCUGUUCCGGUCUGGGCCAUUGUGGCUGCUCAUUUUGCCGAAUGGGGAUUCUAUACCUGGUUGACAGAGUUACCUACCUUUAUGAGUAAUGUCCUUCACUUUAGACUAGAUAUGGGAGGGUUCAUGUCUGCUGUCCCGUACCUGGUGAUGGGCCUCGUCGUUCUCACUAGCGGCUGUCUGGCUGAUCUUCUUCGUGGAACCGUCGGCGUGCCAACUGGAAUUGUUCGAAAACUCUUCACAUGUGGAGCAUUUGCUAUUCAAGCAAUUUUCAUGGUUGCCGCCGGUUAUCUGACAAGCCCGGUUGCUGUGCUAACGUGCCUGACGGUUGCAGUGGGCCUCGGUGGGUUUGCAUGGUCCGGUUUCAGUGUCAACCACCUGGACAUCGCCCCACAGUACGCUAGCAUCCUGAUGGGUCUGUCAAACACAUUCGCCACCAUCCCUGGCAUGGUCAGCCCCAGUCUGACCGGCGCAAUCGUCAAGGACAAGACGGAUGCUAGUGAGUGGCAGGUGAUCUUUUACCUUGCUGCUGCCAUUUACACAGCUGGUGCCAUCAUAUACGGCAUCUUCGCAUCGGGCGUCAAACAGAAGUGGGCAGAAAUGCCGAUGGGCUACCAGCCCCACAUUGAUGAGGAUCCCGAACAAGAAUAGACAGAUGAACCUAACGACGCUGUUACCUCCCCUACCUGGCUCAUGUUCCUAUUCCCGUUGAUGUCCCAAAACACAAAUAUUAACAACUCCUUGUUGGUGGUUUCCCUGCAUUGUGACAGUGUUGUGUGGUGGGUUAAGUGUCUUUCAGUAUCGAUCAGCUGUCUGUUCAAAUCAAUGCUUGCACUACUGUAACAGAAAAAAUCAACCUCAACUGAGGGAAUUUGAAUCAGAGACCCUCAGUGUGAGAAUCCAGCACUCUACCAACUGAGCUAAUAGGGAAAUUCCCACUAACUACUGCCAGUAGGAACACUUUAUACCAACACUACUACAUACAAUACAAAUAAAGCUACGUCACGGAGCUGUGGGCCAUGGACUGUUGAAAUAUUACAAGUCCUGACUGGGUUAUAAUUGUAGUCUAUGUGUUAAGAACACACCCAGUCCCUACGUUGGCUCCAAAUGUAACAGAAAAAUCAAUCUCCACUGAGGGGAUUUGAACCAGAGACUGUCAGUGUGAGAGUCGAGCGCUGUACAAACUGAGCUACAUACAAUCCUACCAUCCAUACGUUUUCUUCCAUUCAAAAAUCCACCAGUUCAAAUCUCUACACUAAAUUUUACCAAUCAUUUCUCAUUCGCUAAUAAGCUGAAGAAACGUUUUUAUUGUCUGUGUUCAGAGACCAUUGUCUGAUGUUUUUGAGUCGUUUGUUUUCGUAUUUUUGUUUUGUUGUAACUAUUACAAAUCAAUAUUGAUUUAAACAAAUACAG